AUGUUUCCCGUUUGGAGAUUGGGUCUCUUGGUUCUGGCCUGCCAUCUUGCUUCCACGCAGAAUCUUGGUAAGGGAAAUGGAUUCGGAUCAACAUGCCAACAGGCGGAUCCCAUGCCGCAUCCGUACGACACCCGCAGAUAUUUUAAAUGUAACAACUCCGUGAUGCGCGAAAUGGCUUGUCAGAACGGGUACAAGUUUAACCCGAACACUUUGAGAUGCGAAUCAACGAAAUAUCGAAUCAUCAAAAACCAUUUCCUCGACAUUCAGUCAAACAAAUGGUGUUUCGGCGGCGUACUCAACAGAGCCAUUACCAUCUCGAAGACUAUAGGGGCUACCAUCAUAAAAUGGAUAAACAGUCACUCAAUAGUGCGCACUACCUUGCGCAUUGUCAUGUCGAUCAUAGAGAAAGCUGUGAAGAGUCUCUGUUCGUACUUCAUGUACAUCUGUUCAUCAAAAACGGAUAAAUCCUGGGGUGGUUGGUUCGUUGACUGCCAGGAUUGUCACAACAGGCCCAAAAAUGGCAUGUUCGAAAACGAUAUGAACAACGCACUUGCCCAAGGGAUGAGCAUGGGCAUUAAAAUGACCGGCAGCUCGUCCACGAGACUUACUUCAUCGUUGAAUUCAAUUGAGAAUGGUAAACUAGAAGCUGUACCAUUGAAAUUGGACUUAUCUCGGAGACAGGGAUCCACUCCAACUGAACACCACGAUUCAUCGGCGAGACAAGAGGUACCUUCCACGGACAACAAAAAUGUGGUGCCUCCUAGGCAAGAAGAAGAACAUCCAUCAAAUAAUAUCAAAGAUCCCGCAUCUGCGGCAAAAGGAAAGUCCGAACAGGAAGAUUACGCGAACGAGGGCGAAGAUAACGAUGGUGCCUUAACCAGAUACGGUGGAAAGGACCCGUCGUGCGAACCGCCGAUUCCUAUUUGUCCUAUUGGAACGACCAGGGAGUAUAACAUGCCAGACCCAGCCGACUGCAGAUACUACUACGUGUGCACCCCUAACGGAAUGUUCAAGCGCAUGUGCCCUCUCGGUUACAACUUGAGUCCAGUUCACCUGGUGUGCAUGCCGGUUGCCGACGCGGGAUGUGCCCAAUGGAUACCGCCUCCGCACUGCAUUUACAAAGGUAUGUACGCGCGAACAUUCCCAAUAACCCGCAGUCUAACGCGACAUCCGAUGUCAUCGUGUCAAAAAAUGCGAUGCCAGAGUUCAAAUUGGUUCGACAAUGAAGACCAAGUCACUGACCGCAGACACAUGGCUGAACGAGAAACGGACUUACCGAAUUUAUUGAAAUGUAUCAUUAAAAAGCAAUAA